AUGCCUUUCCCUCGCAACAGCGAGGACGUCUGUAAACGUGGUUUCACCGUCAUCCUCGACAUGCGUGGCUCCAAGUGGGAGCUCAUCAAGCCUCUGCUCAAGACCCUGCAGGAGUAUUUCCCUGCUGAGAUCUGCGUGGCGCUCAUCAUCAAGCCCGACAACUUCUGGCAGAAACAGAAGACCAACUUCGGAAGUGCAAAGUUCUCCUUUGAGACCAGCAUGGUGUCAGUUGAAGGUCUGGCCAAACUCGUGGAUCCCUCGCAGCUGACGGAGGACUUUGAAGGUUCUUUAGACUACAACCACGAGGAGUGGAUGGAGUUAAGGGUAUCACUGGAGGAGUUCAUAGCCAACGCGGUUCACCUGCUGUCCAAACUAGAAGACCUGCAGGAAUCGCUGUCUAAGAAGGAGUUUCCUGCAGAUGUGGAAGGAUCUCGUCGGUUGAUAGACGAGCACACACAGCUCAAGAAAAAGGUGCUAAAGGCUCCAGUUGAAGAGCUGGACCGGGAGGGACAAAGGCUGCUUCAGUGCAUCCGAUCCAGUGAUGGAUUUUCAGGGAGGAACUGCAUCUCAGGGUCUGCUGAUUUCCAGAGCCUGGUACCUAAGGUGGCCAGUCUGCUGGAUAAGCUCCACUCCACGAGGCAACAUCUCCAUCAGAUGUGGCACGUCAGGAAGCUGAAACUGGACCAGUGUUUCCAGCUGCGCCUGUUCGAGCAGGACGCUGAGAAGAUGUUCGACUGGAUCAGCCACAACAAAGAGUUGUUCCUCCAGAGCCACACGGAAAUCGGCCGCGAUUACCAGCACGCCAUGGAGCUGCAGACGCAACACAACCACUUCGCCAUGAACUCUAUGAAUGCCUACGUCAACAUCAACAGGAUCAUGUCGGUGGCGAGCCGCCUGGCAGAGGCCGGUCACUACGCCUCCACACAAAUCAAACAGAUCUCAGGUCAGCUGGAUCAGGACUGGAAAAGUUUCGCUGCAGCGCUGGAUGAGCGCUCCACCAUCCUCGCCAUGUCGUCUGUCUUCCACCAGAAGGCCGAGCAGUUUCUGUCGGAGGUGGAGGCCUGGUGUAAAGUCUGCAGCGAGGGGGGGUUACCAUCGGAGAUGCAGGAGCUGGAGAUCGCCAUCCACCGCCACCAGAGCCUGUACGAGCAGGUGACGCAGGCCUACACUGAGGUGAGUCAGGAUGGCAAAGCCCUGCUGGACGUCCUCCAGAGGCCUCUGAGUCCCAGCAACGCUGACUCUCUGACAGCAAGCGCUAAUUACUCCAAAGCGGUUCAUUGCAUCCUGGAUGUCGUUCACGAGGUUCUCCAUCACCAACGGCGUCUGGAGAACAUUUGGCAGCAUCGAAAGGUCCGACUGCACCAGAGGCUACAGCUGUGCGUGUUCCAGCAAGACGUCCAGCAGGUGAUGGACUGGAUAGAAAACCACGGCGAGGCUUUCCUCAGCAAACACACGGGUGUCGGGAAGUCGCUUCAUCGAGCUCGAGCCCUCCAGAAAAGACACGAUGACUUCGAGGACGUUGCUCAGAACACCUACACCAACGCAGACAAGCUGCUGGAGGCGGCCGAGCAGCUCGCGCAGACGGGAGAAUGUGACCCAGAAGAAAUCUACAAGGCAGCCCGACACCUGGAGGUCCGGAUCCAGGACUUUGUGCGGCGGGUGGAACACAGGAAGCUGUUGCUGGACAUGUCUGUCUCCUUCCACACACACACCAAAGAGCUGUGGUCGUGGAUGGAGGAGCUGCAGAAGCAGCUGCUGGAUGACGUGUUGUGCGACUCGGUGGACUCGGUCCAGACCCUGAUCCAGCAGUUUCAGCAGCAGCAGACGGCCACGCUGGAGGCAACGCUCAAUGUGAUUAAAGAGGGAGAGGAACUGAUGCAGCAGCUCAGAGACGCAGCCAUGUCCACCAAUAAGACACCGCACUGCAGUUCCAUCGCUCACAUCCAAGGGGUGCUGCAGCAGCUGGACGAGGCCCAGGGCCAGAUGGAGGAACUUUUCCAUGAACGUAAAAUCAAGCUGGACAUUUUUCUGCAGUUACGCAUCUUUGAGCAGUACACCAUUGAGGUCACAGCAGAGUUGGACGCCUGGAACGAGGAUCUUUCUCGCCAGCUGAACGACGCCAGCCGGACCGGCGUUGGUAGCGGCGGAGGUAGCGGAGGUGGCGGCGCCUCCUCUGGGAGCUCGGAGGACAUCGGCCUCGCAGAGCAGCGCCUAAAACGGCACGCUGAGAGGAAAGCGGCCAUGAACAACAUGAUCUACGAAGUGAUGCAGCAGGGUCAAGACCUGCACCAGUACAUCAUGGAGGUCCAGGCUUCAGGGAUUGAGCUGACGGGGGAGAAGGACAUGGACCUGGCCUCGCAGGUUCAGGAGCUACUGGAGUUCCUCCAUGAGAAGCAGCAGGAGGUGGAGCUCAGUGCACAGCACACGCACACACGGCUGGAGCAGAGUCUGCAGCUGCGCCACCUGCAGGCUGAGGUCAAACAGGUGUUGAGUUGGAUCAGAAAUGGCGAGUCCAUGCUGAACGCAGUGGUGAACGCCAGCUCUCUGUCUGAGGCCGAGCAGCUGCAGAGGGAGCAUGAACAGUUCCAGAUGGCCAUCGAGCUGAUGUAA